CGCUUUCUCUUUUAGCUGGUUUUCUUUAUUGAAUCACACCCUGUCCAUGGCAUCUUUGACCCGAAAUUUCAGAAGAUUGUCCAAUUCAGAGGGUGAUGAUGUCGCAUUGUUGGAAACCGAUCAUCGACGAUUGGCCCAGUCCGAUAGCAGUGACAGCAGCAGCACCGAUGAGGAGAUCCUUGACGGCUUGCUAUCUAAAGUAGGCUAUGGCCGUUUCCAGAAAAAGCUAUUGGUAAGCUUGCCCCACUACCCACGUCAAGUGGCUAUUUUCGUCAGACCCUUUUUUUUCCCCUCCUCCUCCGUGUGUGUUUUGUAAAGAGAGACAGACUGUUAAUUGUUGAUUGAUUGAUAUAAACGAUCCUAUAAAAAAAAGAUUCUAUGCGGAUUUGGUUGGUUAGCAGAUAAUAUGUGGCUUCAGGCUGUCGCUAUCACGCUACCCCGCGUUCAACGGCAUUUCGAUGUGUCGAAUCAGUGGAUCGGGAUCUUGUGUAGUGCUCUGUUCACGGGCAUGACGUUUGGGUCGUUCUUCUGGGGUACCUACUCGGAUUCACGCGGACGAAAGAUUCCCUACACAAUGACACUGCUUAUCACUUCUUUCUUUGGUAUCUUGUCCAGCUUUGCUUUCAGCUUCUGGAGUUUAUGUGUGUUGUUGUUCUUUCUGGGAUUUGGCGUAGGCGGAAAUAUGCCCACCGAUGGCGCUCUGUACCUUGAAUUUCUUCCAAAAGAGUAUCACUAUUUAUUGACCUUCAUGUCGGUGUUCUUUUCAUUUGGCGCCGUAUUGGCCUCUGUUCUGGGGUACAUUAUUUUGCCGUCCACGAGUUGCCCUGAACCUUCCAUCACCGAUCCCAAUCCGGCCUGUGAUGUAGCGACUCAAAAUAUUGGAUGGCGUAUUCUAUUAUUCAGUGUGGCCGUCAUUACCAUGCUAAUGCUGGCCGCUCGGUCUUUAUGGCUCAAACUACCGGAAACCCCGAAAUACUUGCUCAGCAAAGACCGCAUCAAUGAAACCAUCAUUGUGCUGCAAGAUAUUGCUCGCAUCAACGGAGAGACCGUCAGCAUUGAUCGUUCCGAUCUUCCCAAUGGGGUGCAGCGAGAUAAAUCACGCUUACCACCGACAGAGGCUGCCGAAGAAGAGGCGUUCCUGCAAGUGCCACAUGCCGAAGGAGGCGAAGAAGGGUUGACUCAUCCUCAGCACCGACGAUGGUCGUCCGAAUAUCAAAAUGGUGGCUACAACGACCAUGAACCUGAAGACGAUGAUGCGGUCACGGAUAAAAUGUUAUCAGAACUCUACGAUACACGGUCAAGGAACAGUCUGGCCAUCCUGUUUUCACCGAAAUGGCGUCGUACCAUUAUUUUGGUCUGGUGUAUUUGGACGUUUACUUCGGUCGCGUUUACCAUGUUCAACGUGCUUCUUCCCAAAUACCUCGAAACGCUCGGGUUUGAAGGCGAAGCGGCUCCUACCCUCAAAGACGUCUAUUGGGAAUACAUGAUUUAUUCCUUGGCUGGUGUUCCAGGCUCUGUGAUGGCUUCGUACAUGAUUGAAACACGACUUGGACGUAAAGGCACCAUGGCAUUAUCGGCGUUUGGAUCAUCAUUAUCACUAAUGAUUUUCUCCGCCAUUGAAUCACGUGUGACCAUGCUACUCUCGUCUUCGGCGGUGUCAUUCUUGGCGACCUUGCUGUAUGCGGUUAUUUAUGGGUAUACACCUGAAGUAUUUGACACGUCUGUGCGGGGCACAGCGGUUGGUUCUGCUUCGGGUUUGGGACGAGUGGCAGGAAUCGUGAGUCCCGUCAUUUCGGGCAUUCUGCUCACCAUUCGACCUGUAUUACCCUUAUACGUCAGCGUGGUCGGGUUCAGUAUCGUCGGUAUUUGCAUCUUAUUGCUCCCUUACGAAACCCGAGGCAGACCACAAGAAGACUAAAGAGAAAAAAAGACUUUCUCUUUUUUACCAUCCUAUUGGUGUGUCAUCCGACGACGAACGACCCAAUUAUCCCAUUCCUUCUCUAUUUCCAGACAUGUUGCGUUGUUCGCUACUUUUUCUCGUUUUUCUCUGUCAAUAUAUAGCUUGCAUUUGUUGUUUCCUUUGGCUUUGUUUUCAUACACUCUGUCUCUAUCUCAAUAGACCGUUUUCUCUCACUUUUUCGCAUGCUCCAUCUACUUCUCCUCCUCCUCCUUCCUAUAUUCGUUAUUGUACUUUCUCUCUUUUCCUUUGAUAUUUUUUUUCAGUAAAAUAAUAACACUCACAGGCGAUUGGGGUUGGUUUUCCCCCUCUCAGCAGACA